AUGAUUAUGCAAGACUCUUCAGAUGCAUUACUACAAGCUGAGGCUAUCAAUUGUUUACAACGUUUGCAUAUGUUUGCGGCGCAGCACGUUCGUCCAAUGGGGCUGCUAUCCGAAUUGCAGGUUUGUCUCUCGAGCUCUGAUCUGCUUUUGCGCAGAGCCGCGGUUUCCUACAUGCGACAACUCAGUCAAAAAGAAGCAGACAAGUUAUACGACUGUAGCAUACCGGAGCCCGAUUCUAAUACGGCUCCAUCGGUCCUUAACAGUCCGAAGAAAUCAGCCACCGACAUUGCUGUCCCUCGUAUU